AUGGACGAGGCCCUGGCCCGCGACGACAUUGCGCUGUGCAUCUGCUCCGCGGCCACCAAGGCCGGGUUUGAGAAGGUGACCAACUCCAUCGUGAAGCCGGAGCGCCUGGCCAGGUUUGACCUCAUCCUGGCGGGGGAUGACGUGAAGAACAAGAAGCCUGACCCUGAGAUCUACAACACGGCGCGCGAGCGGCUGGGCAUCCCUGCUGAGCGCUGCCUCGUCAUCGAGGACUCCAUGGUCGGCCUGCGCGCCGCGCGGGGCGCCGGCAUGCACUGCGUCAUCACGCCCACCUCGAGCACCGAGGACCAGCCGUUCUGCGAGGAGGGCGCCGCCGCGGUGGUGUCAGUGCUGGCGGGCAAGACCUUCCGCGUGGUGGGCGGGCUGGCGGGGGUUGUGGCCGGGCCGCGCCUGGACGACCUCUUCUCUGCAUGCCCCAACGGCAGCGGCGACACCGUCGUCAACCUCCAGGGCAUGGCCAACAUGGAGGGCAACGAGUGCGUCGUGCAGUGGAGCGCCGCCACGCCCGCUACUGCUGCCGCUUGA